AUGAAAUUCCAAAACUCAUUUCCAAUCACUGCGCUCCUCGGAGUUGUUUCUUCUCAUACUAUUUUCACUCAGCUAACUUCUGGAGGAACUACAAAUGGUAUUGGAGUUGGAAUAAGGGAGCCUACAUAUGACGGCGUGAGAAUUUCUCCCUCGUGCUAUUGUAACGGCGGACCAAAUCCCACUACAGCCUCGAGUUCAGUCAUCGAUGUAGCAGCUGGUUCAUCUGUCAGCGCUCGCUGGAGACAUACCCAAACGAGUGGCUCCGACGAUGUUAUUGAUGCUAGCCACAAGGGCCCAGUCAUGGCCUACCUGAAAAAAGUCAGCAAUGCUACCUCAGAUACUGGAAUCGGGGAUGGAUGGUUUAAGAUCUCUGAAGCUGGCCUUAACACUGGCACCGGGACAUGGGCAACAGAUGACCUGGUACGUGUUGUCACGUCUGCCCAGCACCAUGCUCCUCCUGACACGCACAGAUCACCGCACUCGGAGAACAAGCCAUUCCAAUCCCUUCUUGCAUUGCCUCCGGGCAAUACCUAUUACGCGCUGAGCUCAUCGCGCUCCACGCAGGUCAAUUGCCCCAGCCCCUUUUGGUACCCAUAUACUAAAAGCCAGCAGCGUCGUCUUCAGGCGGAGCUCAAUUCUACGUACUUGGAAUGUGCACAGAUUAACAUCACCGGCGGCUCGGGUUCCAAGACCCCAGCUACAGUCAGCUUCCCAGGAGCUUACGCGGCUACUGAUCCGGGAAUCUUGAUUAAUAUCUAUCAGACUCUUACGAGCUACACUAUCCCAGGUAUGAUAUAUGACAAAUUU